UGGAUUACGUUGAAAAGGAACAUAAACAACAUAAAGUAUUUGCCAUCAAUGGUUGAUAUAAGUUUCAAGAACAGGUAUGUUUAUGUUGAUGUUGGGGCUAGGAGUUAUGGUUCUAGUAUUGGAAGCUGGUUCAGGAAACAAUACCCCAAACAGAACAAAACCUUUCAUGUCUAUGCUAUUGAGGCUGACAAACAUUUUCAUAAACAAUAUGAAUUGAAGAAGAAGACAGUUACAUUGUUGCCUUAUGCGGCGUGGGUUAGGAAUGAAUCACUGUCUUUUGAGAUUAAUCGCGAUCCUGGCCAGGAAGAAGUGAACGAGCUUAAGGAUAAAGGCAGAGGGAUGGGCAGAAUUCAACCCGUGAAAUCGAGGCAAGGUGAAUUUACUGGUGAGGUGGAUGAGAUUCAGGGGUUUGAUUUUGCAGAGUGGUUGAAGAACACUGUUACAGAGAGGGAUUUUGUGGUGAUGAAGAUGGAUGUUGAAGGAACUGAAUUCGACUUGAUUCCGAGGUUGUUUGAAACGGGGGCAAUCUGUCUGAUUGAUGAGAUUUUCCUUGAAUGCCAUUAUAAUAGGUGGCAGAGAUGUUGCCCUGGUCAGAGGAGUACAAAAUAUGAGAAAAAUUACGGCCAAUGCUUGAAACUGUUUACUUCCCUUAGAAAAAGUGGAGUUCUUGUUCAUCAGUGGUGGUGACUGGUACCAAGUGCCACCUAUGCUUGUUCUGUAAUGUUGCAUUUUUUUCUUCCUCCCCCUUAGAACCCAUAGGUUUUUCUUUUUCAUCAUUUUCAGGUUCCUUUUUUUCGUUGGUGCAAUUCUUGUUCAGGUUCCUUUCAUUGUAAGAGAUGUAGCUGCAAAUCAAAAUUAAUCUUGUAGCUGCUUGUUUCAUUGUUUUUCAUUUAGGCCUGCAGGUGAUUUCUGGCAUGUGUAUGGCUUUAUUUUAUUGCGUGUAGAAGCAGUUGCAUUAAAAGUUUUGGGCAUUGGAAAAUGUUCAUCUA